ACGAGUAUAGCCUCCCAUGUCGUUUGCUGACCUCCGCUCUGCACGUGAAUCAAAGGGAUCAAGAUCUUUCGUAAAAGCUGCGACCGCUAGUGGAUUGCGGAAGGGGCCUUCGACGGAGAAUGCUACACCCUCAAAUUCCGAAGUUGGAAUGGUUGAGCCAGAGCCGCCAAAGGUGUCGCCUCCAGAACCUGGAAACAAGCCGACUGCUGUUCUUGAACUUCCUAUCGAGCUACCACCAGCAAUAGAGGCCAGAAAAUCCAAAGAUAAAGGAAGAGGCCUCUAUGCGAAACAAGCCUUUGCGCCAGGAACGAUACUUCUAUCUGUACGGCCAUGUAUCUCUGUGCUCUCGUCCUCUCAGCUGGGUUUCUACUGUUCACAUUGUGCAGGACCGGCUCCUGAGACAGGUCUGAAACGAUGCACCGGAUGUCGUACCACGCGGUACUGCAAUGCUAUGUGCCAAAAUAGCGAUUGGGCUGUCCAUAAAAUGGAGUGCCAGGCGCUGCAGCGAUGGGCAGACGCGGCACCCUCUGAGGAUGUCGCAGUUCCUUCAGACGCUGUGCGGUGUCUUGGUCGCAUGCUGUGGAGUAUGCAGAGAAAAGGUUUUGAUAGCCAAUGGACGAAAGAAAUGAGUGUACUUCAGUCCCACAGGGGGUCUUUACCACCGUCCCAGUUCGAGUCUCAUACGCAUCUGGCACAUUCUGUUGUUCGCUACAUCGGUGCAUCCGGCCCAUCCGAUCUCGCGUCUUUCGGGCUCAACUCUGCAGGAGACUUGGUUGGCCUCAUCUCUCGUUUCACUACAAACACUUUCACGCUGACAUCCUAUACUCUCUCUCCCGUUGGUAUAUGUAUCUCGCCUGCCAUGGCCCUUACGAAUCACUCCUGCGAUCCAAACGUAGUCAUCGUGUUCCCCCGUUCCUCGAAAAAGGUCACGAAAGAGCCUCAGAUGCAACUGAUUGCGUUACGUUCCAUUCUACAUGAGGAAGAGAUUAUGACCGCAUAUGUCGAUGUAACGCUUCCCAAGGAAUUGCGCCAGUCAGCCUUGAAAGAGGCGUAUAACUUCACCUGCAUGUGCUCUCUCUGCAAAAAUACGGGACCAACAGAUCCUCGUGUUUCUAUGCAAUGCCCCAAAUCGUGCGGCGGUACAUGUCAGUUACCAACGGAAGAAAACGACAUAAUUCGGUGCUUCAAGUGCAAGGCAGCCGUAACUCAAGCAGACGCCGUUCUGGAUGCUGUGCGUAUUGGACAAGAAGCUCUCGACAAGGCAACAAAUGCCCAAUUCAAAGACCCUGCCAAGGCCAAGCAACUGACGAAAAAUAUGAUACCCAUCCUCGUUUCCGCAGGUCUCAUGCCAACCUGUCACCCUCUCCUCGCGAUGUCACGUCUGCACCAAGAGUUACUCAUAUCGGAGCUCGGGCCGGAUAUAACACAGGAGGCGCUGGACGAUGCCAUCCGCGCCGCAGCGAAGCACAACACGGGCGUUGGCAGCAUUCUGCCGUUCGGACACCCCGUGCGCGCUGUCGCCAUGACUGAGCUUGGCAAGCUGCUCGCGGUGGACGAGCCGAGUCCUCCUGAAGGACCUGAGGAAGCGAACAAGCCGGGCCAGUUCCCGCCUCGCGGUGCCGCGCGGCUGAAGCUCGCGUACCAGACGCUCGUGAGGGCAAGGAACGAGCUGCUCGUUGGCUUCGGAAAAGUAAAUGAAGGAGGGCAGCUUGGUGAGGAGAUUAGGGAGAGUCUGGUUCGGCUUGAGAAGGAGCUGGGUGUCUGGACUGAGGGUGUCAAGAAUGCGCUCGAGGAUGCGCGGCUGGCUCAAGCGCCGGUAGCAGGGAAGUCGCGUUGAAGGGCUCCAAAACGGCUUAAGAAACGCAUUACUUGUAUUGUAAAUGAUCUGAGAAGACAUGGCCUAGUUAUUCAUGCCAAUAUAAAACUCUUGAGUGGCCG